CCGCCUUCAUUUUCAAACUCCAAAUCUCUCUCUCACUAACUCAAUGAGCGAUCUCAUUCUGAUCUCCGACGGCGAGGAUGAAGCUACUCCACCACCGUCCAAGAGGGCUCGAAAGAAUCUGACCCCUACGAUUUUGAACUUGGAUACUGAACCAUUACUGCAGAAGCAACCGCCGGGAUCUGCUUCUACUCCGUUGCUCGUCGACGAGACAACUCUCUCUGACGAUGUCACUGUCGUCAAGUCUUCCUUUGGUUCCGGAAUCGGAGUUUCUUUAAACCACGAAAACAAGUUUUCCGGUAAACGAGUAAUAUCUCUUGAGUCGGAUUCUGAAGACAGCUCUCGACCUGGGACUUCAAAGAAGUAUGAACCCGUGGAUGCUGAUUCUUGGAAGAAGCCUUGUCGAUUGGAAUCUGGAUCCAGUGAUGCUGAUUCUGACGAUGAUACUAGCUGGAUGCAGCGACCUAGUUUUCGAUCUACCAUGUCUAAAGAUGCUACUGAGGAAGAUUCUGACCAUGAGAAAGAAGAUACAAGUGUUGAGAAAUUGCGUCGACAAAAGCAGACCAGAAGUUCUAAAAGUACAUCUCUUUCUGCUGAUGAGUUGCCUAAAAAGAAGAUGUCAAAAGAUGAAAAAACCCGCGCGGCAGAGGAAAAGAAGUUAAGAAAAGAACAAGAGAAGUUACAGAAAGCUGCGUCGAAAGCAGAAGAUGCUGAGCAUAAAAAGUUGGAGAGGGAAAAGCAGAAAUUGGCAAAGGCAAAGGAUAAAGCACUUAAAUCUAUUGUUGCCUGGAUUGACAAUAAAUUGCUAGAAGGAUCAUUUGGAGGUAAGGAAUUUCUCCAUUUUACAUAUCAUUCUUCAACAGAUUCCUCAAGAUUGGCUAGUUCAUCACUAAAGUAUGGAGACUCAAUGCCUUCAGUUAUUACAGGACUUCUCAUUUCGGGGUUGCAAGAGAAAGGUAUUACAUACCAUGUAAUACCUAAUCCAAUUGAGAGAUCCAUUGUGUGGACAAUGACACUUCCAGAGGAUAUUGCUCAGACAUUGCCUCUAGAGUCCAAGAUUCCAUAUGUUUUACUUGUGUAUGAGGCUGAAGACUUUUGUAAUCUUGUUGCUAAGAAAGAACUUCUAGAAAACGUCUCCAGAGUCCGUGACAAAUACCCAUCUUAUACAAUGUGCUACCUCACCAAUAAGGAGAGGGUUGAGUACAAGGACCCUGCAAAUUGCAGUGGUUGGAGAAAGCCUCCUAUUGAUGAGGCAAUUGCAGAGUUAACUACUAACUAUCUUGGAGUACAUUCUAGGCAUUGUGCAGACGCGGCUGAGGUGGCUGACCAUCUUGUUCGUUUAACAAGUAAUCUAGCCUAUUGCCAAGUCAGGAAUAAGUUAACUCGGUUAUCAGUAUGCGCUGGUGGUACAUUAAUGUCCAAGAAUGCAGCUGAUAAGCACUUGAUUAGAGAGAGCCUAUGGUUGAAAGUGUUGGUAGCAAUACCAAAGGUACAGCCAAGAUACGCUAUAGCAGUAUCGAAGAAAUACCCAUCCUUUAAGUCCCUUCUUAAGGUUUAUAUGGAUCCUAACAUAUCGGUUCAUGAGAAGGAGUUUCUACUGAAAGACUUGAGAGUGGAAAAUUUAGUAGGAGAAGACAAAAGGGUAGGUGAUGCAUGUUCGAAGCGGAUAUACAGAGUGCUUAUGUCUUUAGAUGGAACCAUGAAGACUGAUGACGUCGAAAAUGAGCUGCAGCAUUUCUCCCAUGAAUGUAAGUUGGCCUCGCCGGAGAUCUUCACGUAUGGUGUCUGUAACAUCUGUUACAAAGAUGAACCUGUUGAGUUCGCCUGUAAGUCUUGCAAAUUCGAUCUCUGUAAAACUUGCUCUGAGCUGCCACAGACUGUGUAUCAUGAAUUUCACCCGGAUCAUACUUUAGAGUUUUUUCUAGGCCAAUAUGAUCGGACACCUGAAUAUGUCGUAUGCUCAGGGUGUGGGAACAUGUUUUCUGGCUCUUUCUAUGAGUGUAAAGAGUGUGAGAUCUAUCUUGAUUUGGGAUGUGCGCUUCUCAAGAACAUCGUCACAAGUUGGGACUUGAGAGAAAUGCUUCAUUACAGCCAUUGCCACUUGGUUAAGAGGUGUAGACCAGGUCAAGAUACUAAAGGCUGUUGUCUUCUCUGUGAGCUUCCUCUGUAUCCAUCUUCGAUAUGUUACGGUUGUGUUCAUUGUUACUCGUUUCUUCACGAGCGCUGCCUUGAGCUUCCGAUAGAGAUCCAGCAUCCGGUGCAUCCUGCACACCCUCUCAGACGCCUUGAUUAUGCUCAUAAUUGUGGAGUUGGAAGAGAUUGCAACGCUUGCGGUGACAAGAUCAUCGGUGUCCCGUUUGGUUGUCUAGAAUGCAAUUUUGACAUUCACAUGAGGUGUGCAGAUUCCUUGUUGCGAAGCCUGAUGCACAAGUCUCAUGAACACAGAUUGUUUUAUGUGUGUGGUGGAAUGAAAAGUACUUAUGGACGAAUGCCUUGUGAAAUAUGCAUGAGAAGCGAUUGGAUCUAUGCCACAUACUACUAUCAGUGCGUGGAAUGUGAUUCGAUAUUUCAUUUCAAGUGUGUUGACAUACCCGAGUCCGUGGUCAAGAAAUCUUUUCACAUUCAUCCGCUUGUGCUUAAAACAUUCGUAGCAGAGAACAAUUCUAUGGAGUAUUGUGGCGUUUGUGAGACAAUGGUACACGCAGGACAUCAUGCUUAUACUUGCCAAGAAUGUGAUUUUGUUGGUCACAUUGGUUGCAUUCUUCGCGAGGAAGAGCCUUCGCCGUUAUACUUGAAAGAUCUGUAUUCUUCUGGCAAAGUUACCAUGAGCUCAAUAGAUCAAGAAGACUCUGGAACCAACAACUUAGAAAACAAACUUACAGUUAAUGACAUCUGGCAUAUUCAUGUGAUGAAACCAGUCCUCAUGAGUGAUCUUGAUAAAUAUCCAUGUUGCAAGAUCUGUGGAGGAAAAAUACUUAGUAAUCCAUGGAAAUGCGAGACCUGCAGCUUCGAGACACAUCAUUACUGUGCGGAGCUGGGGCGACCAUCAAAACAUCGACUUCAUCAGAACCAUCCUUUGACACUCUUGCCAAUGUAUCCUUCACAGGAAAAGAUGAAAUGUGACAUUUGCAGAGAGAAUAUAUACAAGUUCAAUCUCUUCUGCCGCAUAUGUAAUUUUGUUAUCCACAUCAAUUGUGCCUUGAAAAGUAAACAUGUUCUUGAAGCUUUAAGGCAGAAAUUCACUGGAACUUGGAGAGGAUGGUGCAAGAAAGGCGUGCAUAAUAGAUUGGUUCAAGUUAUGGUCUCGAGGUCAUAUCCAACUACUUGCGUUAUUUGUGAUGAGAAGUUGUGUGGAAAAGCUGUGUCAUGUAUGACGUGUGAAGAGAUAUAUCAUCCUCAGUGUAUUGAGAGCUACCAUACUUAGUUUUUGGUUCUGUCUCAGGAUGCAACACAUGUUAUUUCUUUGAUAUUGUCAUAAGUUUAGGUGUUUUACUCUUGGUUUUGUGAAGGUCCUAUUUGAUCUUGCUUCUCUGUUUCUUCGAUCACAGAUCCUUUUGGCUUUUUAAGAGGAGACAGUUUGAUUUGAUUCAUAAUAAAGAGUCUUUGAAUGU